AAGUACAGAACUCCAAAUGAGGACACGGAUUGAAUUAAACUCCAUUAAAGUCAUGCCGCCUUAGAUAGGGGAAAAUACUUCGGAUUCCGUAUGAGUGUAUCGGCCAUCUUCUCUGCAUUUCAGUUUUCGUCGCCUGCUUGCUAGAGACACAUGGAGUAUCGAAACAAGAUGGUCCUGGCCCCGAUGGUCCGAGUAGGAACGCUACCAUUUAGGUUGCUGGCGGCUGAAUAUGGUGCAGACAUAACUUAUGGUGAGGAGAUCAUUGAUCACAAACUGCUGAAAUGUGAGCGCCGUGUCAAUGAUUUAUUGGGUACAGUUGACUUUGUGGAAAAGGGAACAGGAAGUGUUGUUUUUAGAACAUGCUCUGAAGAAAAAAAUCGGGUCGUAUUUCAAAUGGGCACUUCUGAUGCUGUGAGGGCUCUUAGUGCUGCUCAGAUGGUGUCUAAAGAUGUUGCUGCAGUGGAUAUCAACAUGGGUUGCCCUAAAUCUUUUUCUAUCUCUGGAGGAAUGGGUGCUGCUCUGCUGACUAAACCAGAACUCAUUCAUGAUAUAUUGACAACAUUGAGAAGGAACUUAGAUACACCUGUGACCUGCAAGAUCCGCUUGUUGAAAUGCUCACAAGACACUGUACAGUUGGCAAGACAAAUUGAAAAAACCGGAAUAUCUGCCCUUGCUGUCCAUGGAAGGAAAGUUCCAGAUAGACCAAGAGAUCUGGCAAAGUGGAGUGAGAUUUCUGAUAUCGUUUCAGCAUUAUCUAUACCAGUUAUCGCAAAUGGUGAUGUUUUUGAGUAUGACGAUUUUCAAAGAAUCAAAGAUGCAACAGGGGAUCCGGCGGCAGCCUGGCAACUGGUGGUGGCGGCAGUCCGGCGUGGCUGCAGUCCGGUGACCAAGCUUCAACCCCUACAAGGGUGUUUUUUCCAAUCACAAAUCAUGACUCCUACUUAGGGAACUUAAAACAUUGACUCCUACUUUUGCCCUAAGUAGUUUUUACUCCUAUUGUGGGAAUUUCUCUAAUUCUAUAUGCGUGUGUACAUUUGUCCCCACUUUUUAUGCGCAAAUUUCUGCUUACAAUAUAGAAAUUUUAGGCUUUUGUUAUAUUUGGUGAUGAUUCUAGGUGCAUCAUCUGUGAUGGUUGCUAGGGGAGCAAUGUGGAAUGCUUCUAUGUUCUCGCCUAAUGGAAAAGUACCCUGGGAUGAUGUGAAAAGAGAGUACGUGAGAAAGAGUAUCUUGUGGGAUAAUGACAUCAAAAGCACAAAACAUACAUUGAAGGAGAUGAUAAUGCAUUAUUCUUGCCUUGAACUCCCUGAGGGAAAGGCUGUCAUCAAAUCAGAAACAUUUGAACAUCUGGCGAAAUUAUAUGGGGAAGAAAGCUAUUAUCAACAUGUUAUGCGGAACAGGUGUGCUUUUGGGGGAAGCAGAUGACACUGAUUUUAAUGAUGGACCCGGGCCGGUCCGGUUCCGGGCCGGGCCCGGGCGGGCUUUUUUCCCAGGUACUUGGGCCCGGAACCGGCCCGGGUUGAUACCGGGUCCGGGCCUAACCGGGCCGGGCCGGGCCUGGUUUAAUGUUUAAUUUUUUUUUUGGCUUUCUUGUUAUCCCCCGACCCCCCCCCCACCCCCCCAAACCUCCCCAAAACACCCAGCCCUAUCCUAGGAAAAGAAAAAACAUUAAAAAAAAAACCGGGCCCAGCCCAAACCGCCUGGGCCGGUUCAACAAAAAUGGGGCCCAAGCCCGGCCUGCCCGACCCGCCAAAACGGGCUAAAAGCCCGGAACCGACCAACCGGUCCCGGGCUGGUCUGAGCCCGCACAGUGGCGGGCCGGUCCGGGUUCCGGGCCGGUUCGGCCCGGCGCAAUCCAUCCCUAUCUGAUUUUGUUGGGAUUUUAAGAGAACAAAAAUGUAUUUUUGGUAAAUUAGGGCUGUGUUAUAGGUAUCUCACAGUCUAAGUGAGACGGGAGAGUAAAGGAAAAAACUGCUUUGGGACUAUCAGUGUGCACUUUUUCUAUUGUGGCA